GAUUGGAAGGAGUAUUUUCCCUUUUACAAUGGCAACUUGCAUUGUCAGUUCGCCGCCCCGCGUGCUCCGAGACUCCGAGGUGGUCCGUGCACAGCACAUAUGCCGGCAUGCGCACAUGAAAAUUAAAUUUGAAAAUCCAUCGUCUUCUACUUCAUUUUAGAGAGAAUCGAAGCCAAAUAUGAAUUACAAGUAGCAACGGAUUCUUGUGAAAAAAGAGCUAGCUAGCCAUCUGCUAUUGGUCAUUCCGAUCCAUGGGCACGGAAGCAGUGCACGCCGCUGUCGCCGCCGGCGCCGGCCACCGUCGUCGCCGCGUCCUGCUCCUCCCGCUGCCGCUCCAGGGCCACAUCAACCCCAUGUUCCACCUCGCCAGCGUCCUCCACGCGCGGGGCUUCGCGGUCACCGUCUUCCACCUCCAACCGGCCGGCGUCAACGCGCCCGACGCGUCCCUCCACCCGGCGUUCGACUUCGUCCCCGUCCCCGCCGACGGCGACGGCGACGGCGCCGGCGGCGACUACCUGGAGGCCACCCUGGCGGGCAUCCUCGACGUGAACCGCCGGUGCGAGGCGCCGUUCAGGGAGCGACUCGCGGCGCUGCUCGAGGAGGCUGCUCCUGCCGGCGGCGGCGACGUCGCGUGCCUCGUCGCCGACGCGCACCUCCUGACGCUGAUGGACGUCGCGCGGCGGCUCGUCGUGCCGACGCUGGCGCUGCGCACCGGCAGCGCCGCCUCCUUCCGCGUCUUCGCCGCGCAUCGUAUGCUCCGCGACAUGGGCUACCUCCCCGCUCGAGAGUCGGAGCUGGACGCGCCGGUGACGGUGCUGCCGCCGGCGCCGUACCGCGUCCGGGACGUGAUGCUGACCGCCGGCUUCGGUGGCCACGCGCAGGACCAGAUCUACGAGCUGGUAUCCCGGGCCGUCGAGGCGGUGAGGACGUCGUCGGGGCUAAUCCUCAACACCUUCGACGCGCUCGAGCACGACGAGCUCGCCGCGCUGCGGCGAGACCUCGACGUCCCGGUGUUCGACGUCGGCCCGCUCCACAAGCUCUCGCCGACGGCGCCGCCGAGCAGCCUGCUGCGCCAGGACCGCGGCUGCCUCGAGUGGCUAGACUCCCAGGCGCCGGCGUCUGUGCUCUACGUCAGCUUCGGCAGCAUCGCCAGCGUGAGCGCCGGCGAGCUCGUCGAGGCGGCGUGGGGCAUCGCCAACAGCGGACACCCGUUCCUCUGGGUGCUCCGCCCGGGCCUCGUCCGCGGCGCCGCCGCCGCCGCCGCCCUCCCCGACGGCUUCGACGCCGCGACGCGCGGCCGCGGCGCGGUGGUCAGCUGGGCGCCGCAGGAGGAGGUCCUGGCGCACCCGGCGACCGCCGCGUUCUGGACGCACUGCGGCUGGAACUCGACGCUGGAGAGCGUCUGCGCCGGCGUGCCGAUGCUGCUCCGGCCAUGCUUCGGCGACCAGCCGGGCAACGCGAGGUACGCGGAGCGCGUGUGGCGAGCCGGCCUCGCGCUCGACGGCGGCGGCGGCGAGAUGGAGAGGGGCAAGGUGGAAGCCGCCAUCAGGAGGCUCAUGGAAGAGGACGACGCCGCCGGAAUGCGGCGGAGAGCCGGCGAGCUGAAGAGCAGAGCGGCGGAGUGCAUCACCAAGGCUGGCUCUUCUUGCCUCAUCAUUGACAAGCUGGUUAAUCACAUUUUAUCCAUCUAACUAAUAACCAUUGUUACUGUAAUAAUUAAUAACACCACUAAUACUGGUGUUUUUAUCUGUGAUAUUAAUUAGUGAGCACUGAGCAGAUUAAUUAGAUUUGCCUGCACUAUAUAUGUGAUGUUCUAACAAUAGUGAUAGUGAUGAGAUUUGCUCA